AUGCUAGCUGAUAUACCCGCUGAAAGCACUAUGCGGCGCAAGUCCCACUUGCCAAAUAGAAAUGUGCCGAAUGAAAUAAGCAGUACUGCCCUAUCUUCAUCGACCUCUUCAGCUGUCUCCUAUUCAUCUAAUAAUGAUGAUGGCAGUUUUGAUUUCCCUUCAGAUUCUUCUUUAAGCGACAUUUCUGACGUAGAAAGUAGUUACACAAGCAUAAAAAGAUUGAAAUUAGAAAACAGCAAGGAAGGGAAAAAUCAGUCUUACAAUUAUUUUGAGAAGAGGAACGCAAAUGCUUUAGAAAAGGAGGCUUCUCUUGACGACGAUUCUAAGAUAGAAACAGAUGAUAGAAUAAAUCAUCUGCUUACCUCAGCCAGCCGCACGACAUACGUCAGUAAUAUGCGCGAUGGCCUAGCUGAAAAUCGGCCUGAUUUGUCAAUAAGUAAAUGUGGAGCCCACGAAUAUUAUUUAAGCGAUUCAUCAUCGGGAAUCACCCAGAAAGAGGAGGACAUUGGUGUCGAAGUCUUUAGAGAUGGGGAACUUGAUUGUUGCCAAGUACUAUCGAUAAAUAAUGACGAACUUGUUAAUUUUCAAUAUCCGGAAACAGAAACUGAUAUGGAAUUCGACGAAGUAUUUUUAACACCAUUAGAUGGUGUGAACAGAGUAGGAAAAGGGAAGGGAUCGAUUGGAAAAGAUCUGAAUAGUUGCAUUUUUGAGCAACACACGCAGCUAAAUUCAGGAGUUCAGCUUGUUGGCGAAAGCAAUGCCUUUCCAAUAUUGAGUACAUCCAACGUUUCUUCUCUCACCGAGGCUUUGCAUAAAAUUCAUGAAGACAAGCUCCGUUCGCCUACUGAUGAGAACUUUAAUGCGUCAAAUGUCGUUAUAGAUUCAAAUAAAAUAGACAUGAAUUACCUUUAUACCAAUGCUAGAGAGGAGUUAUCUACUCCCUCAUUUUCAUCAAAAGACUUUGAAGAUGAAAGUUUUGAUAACGAUGACAAAGUCGAUGAAGUCAUAUACAGGGAUGAUGAUUCAACAGACGAAGAUGAGAGUUUACCACCACCGGAUCCAAGAAGGAAAAAAAUCGGUUCCAAAGCUUGUGAAAUAGUGGAUUCUAGAAAAGUUGGCAUAAAUGUACCAAAGUUAUGUAUGUGGUCCCUAAGUGAUAAACCCUUUUGUGUUAUUGACGGACUAUGUACAAAAUCGCUCUAUCCAUUAGCCGAGAACCUUUCUAACUGCGAAAGCUCAAGUUCGAGCUCAAGUCCCAUUAAUCCACAGGAGGAGCAAAAAGAAAACUCACCUUUUGAUAAUGAUACCAUGUUAACCGAUCUUUUAAACAUAAGUGAAGCUGAAGCAGAGAAAGCCCCCAUUUGUUGCAGCGAACAUACACAUGAACCUUUUUCUGAAAUUCCAAAAGGGCCAUUAUCGUCAUUUAGAGAUAGAGGAAAAGCUUUACAAGACACAGGCGUACCUUACAAGCUGAACGUUUCAAAAUUCACUAGAAUGGGCACCCGUUAUGUGAGCAAAGAUCAAUCAGAGGGAGGAAAUGGAAACUUCUGUUAUUCCGAAUCACUACCCCAAGAGAAAAAGAGGAAUUUAAUGAUUAGAGAAAGACGUCUAAAGCAGAAACAGAAUCAAGGGAAGCUUUAUAAACAAAAGCUAACCUCCGUCAAUAAUUUGCUCGACAAUAUUACUCCAUUUUGA